AGUAUCAGUUAGCAUGUUAUCUGCUUGUCUGAUGUUUCGUUUUGUUCUGUUUUUAUUUUUUAUGGUAAUCCUGCAAUUAAAAAUUGCGAUUCUGAAAGAGGUUGUGUGCGAAUCAUGACUGCGAAUCGAAAGCGCAGUGGUGAAUUUCAUGCGAGGGCGCUAUACAAGUAAUCGAAUUAUAUAUAUUUAUUUAUUUUAGGGAGAUUAACGUCAAAUUUGAAAUUGGCCUAAAAUUAAAUCUAUUCUGCUUUUCGAUUAAUAUUUUUACGAGGAGUGCUUAAUUUACAGUUGAAGUUUUGUUGUCAUUAAAAUUAUGAAUCAUGUCAUGUAUUAUAUAUACGAAUAAUGUUUUGCCAAGCCAUUAUUUAUUAUGCAUAACAUUAAUUUAUGAUCUUGAUUAUUGUUCGUAUCGUUAUCAAAACAAUAAAAAUCGAUGCAAUCAUUCUAAAUGUGAUCAUUGUGAUAGCGCAGAUUAAAAAUGUAUCAACUCUAAGAUAAAGAAACAUAUACACCAUAACACAGUGACGCCCCUUAGAGGGUAAACAUCUUCGUCCCGUGGAUCUAGCCCUAAGAGGUUCGGUUGUUCUAAUAAAGGCUUGACAAGGAAUAUCAGUUCAAAGUUCAUUUUAAAUUCUGCAUGUUUUGACAAUUCCUUCGUUUAAUUUCAAAAGCUUUGGACGAUAUCGAGAUACAAAAUGGCUAUACGGAUGGCAAAUUAAACUCUAUUUCUGCCACAUGUGAGCUACAUGCGUAUCAAAAUCAUAUAUAGUUUUGUGCUGAUAUCUGCAUGCCGUACUUAGCAACGCAUUUUGCCUUUGAGUUUGGAUAUUGAAUCAUCACUGUGAUCAAAAUGACGAUACAAGACAGUUCUAACGGCAAAGAAACAUCCGAAUUGGAUGAAUCUACGCUUCCAGAACAACUCAAGGUUAAGGGCGUAUACGAGCAGCAGGUCGAGACAGACAACGACCAAAACACAGGGAUGCCGAAGACAGAGUUCACCGUCAUCAAGGACGACGACCUGGACGACGAUGAGGGCCUCGCGUCGUCGUGGACCGGGAGGAGGAUCUACAAGAAUCUCCUCAUCAUCAGCAGCUCUUUCCUCUUCGUCUUCACGGCGUUCCAAGCGCUCUCUAACCUACAGAGCAGUAUCAACUGCGAUGAGGGACUAGGUCUCGCUUCUCUCAGCGUCAUAUAUGGGACUCUCAUCGUAUCAGCCAUGUUUGUCCCUUCCGUUAUGAUCCGCCAUCUUGGAUUAAAAUGGACGCUUGUGGUGAGUCAGGUGACCUACGCCUUGUACACAGCAGCAAACUUUUACCCUUCCUGGGCGACUCUCAUACCCGCUUCGGUCAUCCUGGGGCUCGGUGCCGCACCCCUCUGGACCGCCAAGAGCACAUAUCUCACAACCACUGCAGGAGUGUAUUCUAAGCUGACAGGAGAGACUGUUCCGUCCAUUGUCUCUCGAUUCUGGGGUAUAUUUUUCUUCUUCUUCCAGUCAUCGCAGAUUCUCGGAAAUCUCAUUUCAUCUCUGGUCUUCAGAGAAGAAACGUCUAUUGACGGUAAAAACGACACUGAAUACAAAUGUGGUUCACAGGACUGCUAUGUUGAGACUGGAGAUGAUAACGGAACGUAUUGCGAUCCUCCCGAAACGAGCUUAACCUACACCUUACUCAGCAUCUAUCUUGUCUCCGGCAUCAUCGCCGUCAUCAUCGUCGUCGUCUUCGUCGACAACCUUGGCGCAAGCAAAAAAAUCAAAGACCAAGGAACAUUGGACUUAUUUUUCGCCACUGCGCGAUUGAUGAAGGAUAAAAAGAUGAUCGCUAUCAUUCCUCUUACUAUCUUCAGUGGAUUGGAGCAAGCUUUCAUCGCAGGCGACUUUACAAAGUCCUAUGUCACCUGCAGCCUGGGCGUUGGCUGGGUGGGGUACGUCAUGAUCUGUUACGGGCUGGCCGACGCUAUCUGCUCUGUACUCAUCGGACGCCUGGUCAAGUACACCGGUCAGAUUCCUUUCUUCUGCCUCGGUGCCCUCAUCAACGUCUCCCUCAUCGUCGCUCUCUUCGUCUGGGAACCGUUCUCUGACCAGCUCCCUGUUUUCUUCGUGAUAGCAGCCCUGUGGGGUGUCGGUGAUGCCAUCUGGCAGACUCAACUGAAUUCCCUCUAUGGCAUUCUUUUCCGUGAUCAGCAGGAGCAGGCCUUCUCCAACUAUCGUCUGUGGGAGUCCGUCGGCUUCACCAUGGCCUUUGCCUACAGUAAUUUCCUCUGUGUGUGGAUCAAACUGACAAUCUUGGUGUGUGCUCUAGGAGUAGGGAUGCUUGGUUACGCCAGCGCAGAGUUUCUUGCCAGGAGAGAAGGGUGACGUCACGUCACGUGAACUGAUACACCAGUUUCUCGCCGUUUCGUCACUAUCCUCGUCCAGUAUUGAAAAUUUGACAAAAUAUACGAUCCAGGGAACUGCUGCAACCAUCAUGGAGUUAGUUUUCGAGAUGGAAAAUAUGUAACGACCGUCACCGUCUUUUGUGUAAGGUAAAUGUAUAUCAAAUGUGUUAUGAUGAGAAUCAUACCCGCUAUUCUACUUGCUCUGAUGAAAUUUACAACUGCCAAUCAGAAGAUGAGAUAAGAAGACAGGAAGGUGGGUUACAGAAACUAUUAGCAAGUCAACUUGUUUGGGACGAAAAGAUAAAAUGACGAGUUGUAAAAACUUUGUCAAGUCGACAUGUUUGGGACAAGAAGAUAGGAAGAAGACAAUAAGAUAAGUUGUCGAAACUUGUCAAGUAAAUAUAUUGUCACGGAGACCUCUUCUUGUGAUGUUUAAAUUUGACAUAAGAAGUUAUUUGAUCUAUUACAUUUUGAUUCAAUUGAAAUGUGUACAAACCUUGCAGUCACUUCUUUUUCUUUUCAUGAUGUAUAAAAUAUUUACAUGUUUAUUUGUACCAAUCUGGAAAAGCCAUUCUCUGAGAUAAGAGCUUUUGCUUGUCUGUGACGUUACUGAUAUUUAGUCACACGAAUUUGGUUGGAGCGCUUGAUGUUUUGGAUCGCUUAUGAAUUGCUUGCAAUGUUGAUUGCAUUUUUUCUUGGCUUGUUCCAGAUUUGUUGCUUUGGACAUUUAUAAUUCGAAACGUAUGAUAUAAACAGAGGUAGCAUGACUUAGACUUUAUACAGAUAUUGCCUACCUAGAGUUUGAAUAUAACAUUUCCUCUCCCCGACGGAGUUAUAUUUUCCCCAAGGGAUUAUAUUUUGCCCGAAGCGCGCAGCGCUGAGGGAAAAUAUUAUCCCAAGGGAAAAAUAUAGCUUCGGAGGGGAGUUGAAAUGUUAUUUAUUAAAACGAUAGACCAGGCAAUAUCUGUUAUAUUAUAUAGUCUAUGUGGAUUCGCCAUCAGAAAUUGCAUUCAUCAUCUGGCUCAAACCCGAAAUUCUUGAUACAGCUCUGAUCCAUCUACGUCAUAAUAGAUUUUUUUUUUGAAAAUACAUCAAGCGCGUUCUUCAUGCAAUCGAUGCGUUAACAUUAGCGCGUACAAUAAAUAAACUACCUUGUUACGCAACUUGUAUACAGCCAGUGACGUCACCUUAGUGAAUAUAACGCCGCAAUUGAAAAUACAAUGCAGUAUAUUCCCUGACGUGACGUCAAAACCUAGAAUAUAACAAAUGCGAUCCUCGCAGCUAUGGUCACGUGAUGGCGUAUUGACCUAUCACUGAUUCGAAUCUACAUAACCUAUGUAAUAUAAUUAUUUCUUUCUUUCUUUUAUUUCUUGCAAUUCAAAGAGAUUUCAGUCAUGGCGAAGCAAACGUCUGGUUAAACAAGUGCACUGCCUCGUAGAAUAAUAAUCAUUAAAAUCAUUAUUAUUGCUGUGAAAUAGACGUUGUUUGAGAUGAUUAUUAUUAAUGUUGUAAAUAUGUAUAAACGAUAUCAAGAUAAUCAUUAAGAUGAUUAUUAAUGCUGUAAAUACGAAGUGACUUCAUAACUGUCAUUAAGAUGAUUAUUAUUGAUGUUGUACAUACGUAGUGAUCUAAAACAAAAUCUCAUCAAGCUUUAAAUGAUGAAUUGUUGUACAUUCGAAAAAGAUGAAUCAUAACAAAUAUUGGUAACAGAGAACUUCCUGAAAUUUUUCUUGGCAGUAAGGAAAAGUCUGUUACUACAGGAUAUUCUAAUAGUUAGAGACCAUGGUCCCGUAACACAAAGGUUAGCGAUUGAUCGUACGCUUGAUUUUCACGAUUGAUUGUUCAUUGUUGUCAAUGGAAUCAAUCGUAGAAAAUCGUUCUACGAUCAUUGCUAAGUUUUGUGAUAGGGGACCCAGUCAAGAAAGUUCAGUAAAGUAGACUACAAUUUAGUUAGUUAUAUAUGUAUGACUUGAGCCCGUGGACGUAGUGGUUUUACAGAAACUGAAUAAGGUCAAGUAGUUGGAAAGGACAUUUAUUUAUUUAUUUGUGAUAGUUUCAUAGGAAAGUUAGAAUUGAGAGUUUGCUAAUACUCUGCUGUGGAUAGGAAAUGUUAUAAUUGAAGUUUGUCGGCGACUUUGGGCUUUGAGAGUUUACAUUGUAAGUUAGACUUGAGCCCGUGGACGUAGUGGUUUUUACAGGAACUCAGUUCCAUCAUGUGUAGUAGGUCCAUGGUCCGAUGUUCCACAAAGCCUGUUGGAUUCUAGCUUAUUACAAAUCCUUGCACUGAUAGAUUGAGUGGAGGAUUAUGUAAGGACUGGAGGGGCAGAUUAAAAUGACUCCUGGAGGGGUUGAUUUGGUUGGAGACUUUGUGGACAAGAUGGUUUUAUGUUUUCGGAAGAUAGGCUAUGGAGUUUAAACGUUAUGAAUUGAGGAUUUCUUACAUUUGCUGGAUUGUUAAUGAUAAUAUGUUUCAAUUGUACAACGCAGCUACUAUAAUUGCAUAUACUCCACUGCGCUUGAUACUUGGCAUCACAUUAUUACCCUGGCUGUAGCUGAGCCACCGUAUACAUGUAUAGGCGCUAACGCAUUCAAGGAAUAAUCCUACAGGGUACCCAUUCUGCUCGCCUGGGUCGAGUGCAGCACAAUGUAGGUAAAUUUCUUGCUGAAGGAAAACACGCCAUGGCUUGGAAUCGAACCCACGUCCCUCUGAUUGAAAGACGAGAGAAAAGUUUAAGUUCUAGGUAACUUUUCGUAGUAUGGUCCAUGCUUGGGCCAAGGUUCAGAGGUAACAGUUUAAAAGUUUCUACAAAUACUCGACCUAGACACUCUUCCACGGAGUCAAGUUGAACUAAGUUAGGAAGUAUUUUAUACUCGGAAUUAGAAUAGGAAAAAAUAGAAAAAAAAUAGAAUUGGGUACUUCAUUUCUAGCAUUGUUUUGAAUGCAUUCAGUUAUUUUGGUUGGCCCAAAUUCUAUCAGUUUCACUCAAACCUCCCGUAUACUUUAAUUUCUGCACUUGAAAUUCAUGACUAUGGAAAUAAGAUUUGUACUUGUUAUAUAGUUUACUCAGAUAACCUUCGUAGUUAUCAACUUCUUAAAGUUUAGAUUAAAUGUACAGAUUAUUAACCGGAAUAGACUUACAUUGCAAGUUAUAAAGUAAUUAUAGUACAUGUACAUACAGUACGCUCGAAUCUUUAACUCGAUACAUUUUUAUGAUGAAAUAUUCAAUGUGUUGCAAGUUACAAAGUUGACGUCUUUCAAGUCAUGAUUGGAAUGUAAAUAUUUUAAUUGGCUUAAUAAAGUUCAUUGAACUUU